GAGAGAAGCGAACAGGGGGAGAGAGAGCAGGGGAGAGGGAGGGCUAGUUUUUCUGCACUUGAACGUAACCAGACGCACACAUAGAGCGUGGGAGCACAAAGCACACGGAGCCGGCUGAAGACGCCGCUGUUUUCACACGCUCUGUCCUCUUGGCACCGCGCGCUCUCCCUCGCCAAGCCGCAGCGUUUGGAAGACAGGGGAAAGUUGUCUCUCUUUCUUUGGAGCAUACAGCCUGGAUUCGACUUUUGUUCGGUUUUUGUCUUUUUCUUUUUUAACUUGUUCAGCGGUGGACUUCAUAUUAAAUUUUUUUUCUCGUGUGCACACUUUUGACUCAGGCUGAGGGAAUUAUCAGAGCACUGCAGAAUGGAAGGUAAAUUGACAAGUCGUGUGUGGCGAGGAUCACCGUGUGGAUCUUUCUGCAGCUGUUUUCACCAGACCUUUAAGCUGCUAUAAGCGCACGGGACGCUUUUUAUUAGAUACACUUGUGGGGCGAUCCUGCACACUAAAAACUCGAAAACAGAAGAACUCUCGGCCUCAUCAAGCACUUUUCCAAGAGAUCCGGAUACAAAAAAAAAAAAAAAAAAAAAGAAAAAAAAAGAAAGAAAGCAAAGUUUUGUCUUCAGUAAUCCGAAAUCUACCUGGCCAGAUCUGGGAUUAUUUCAUCGAUAACGUCUGCAGAGCGUGGAUUGCUACUUCCAAAGCGCUGUUCUCCCUGAUCUCUGGCAGAAUGAACAUGAGGCUAGGUUGUGUUUGUCGGCCAGUGUGCUGGCCCUGUGGCAGCUUGCUGGACUCCAGGCACUGUGUCUUUGCCCUCACACUCCUCACACUCCUCAUGCAGGUGGUCGUGGAGGCCAACUCAUGGUGGUCUUUGGCCAUGAACCCUUUACUGAUCCCAGAGGCCUACAUCAUCGGGGCCCAGCCUCUGUGCAGCCAGCUGGUGGGCCUGUCUCAGGGCCAAAAGAAACUGUGCCAGCUUUACCAGGACCACAUGCAGUUUAUUGGUGAAGGUGCCAAAAUGGGGAUUCGGGAAUGCCAGUACCAGUUCAGGCACCGGCGCUGGAACUGCAGCACGGUGGACAAUGCCUCUGUUUUCGGACGCGUCAUGCAAAUAGGCAGUCGGGAAACGGCAUUCACCUAUGCCAUCAGCGCAGCAGGGGUGGUGAACACAGUGAGCCGUGCUUGCAGAGAGGGUGAGCUCAACAGCUGCGGGUGCAGUCGGGCCGCUCGUCCCAAAGAUCUACAGAGAGACUGGCUGUGGGGCGGAUGUGGAGACAACCUCAACUACGGCUACAGGUUCUCCAGGGAGUUUGUGGAUGCACGCGAAAGGGAGAAGAGCUAUCCGAAAGGCUCGUACGAUAGCGCAAGAUUGCAGAUGAACCUCCACAAUAAUGAGGCAGGAAGGAGGGCUGUGUCAAACCUUGCCGAUGUGUCGUGCAAGUGCCAUGGCGUGUCUGGAUCCUGCAGCUUAAAGACCUGCUGGUUGCAGCUGGCAGACUUCCGUAAGGUGGGCGACGCUCUGAAGGAGAAGUAUGACAGCGCAGCAGUCAUGAAGCUUAACUCGCGUGGCAAACUGGUGCCAAUGCACAGCAAUUUCAACGCUCCGACAAGCAACGAUCUGGUGCACAUCGACCAGAGUCCAGACUACUGCUUAAAGAACCAUAGCACUGGCUCCAUAGGCACGGUGGGGCGCCUUUGCAACAAGACGUCAGAGGGCAUGGAUGGAUGCGAGCUGAUGUGCUGCGGCCGAGGUUACGACCAAUUCAAGGCACACCUUGUGGAGCGAUGCAACUGCAAGUUCCACUGGUGCUGCUAUGUGAAGUGCAGGGUCUGCACCAAAGUUGUAGACCAAUUCGUCUGCAAGUGAUGAAAGACCCACUGCCUUGCGGAUGAUGGUUGCACAUCUGUGUGAAUUCAUGAGCUGUGGGACACAGGAUGGAAGAAAGAAACUAUAUAAAUUAUAUUUAUAGAGUUAAACAAUUAUGUCCUUUGCAAAAAAAAAAGAAAGACCCUCUUAACUUUUCCUUUUUAGAAACCAAGAGUAUUGUUAAAUAUUUAUUUCCAGAUUGCUGUUUUUAUUCUAGCCCAGUCAGCUACUUUUUUUUUGUUAGUCUGAGUUCUCUAAAACUCUCAACCUCUUCAUCCCUUCCUCCACAGAACAAUUUUUUUCACUAGGAAACUUAAUUCCUCUUUGCAAGUGGCUCACACUAAUGGAUGCUAUCUGCAAAGCUAAGCUUGUGCCUUCCACUUUCUAACAAAAGUGGUGUUUGAUAUUGUCUCAUAAUUGGCUCAGAAAUUCUGAUGAAUUGAUCAUGAAUUGGUGGGUUAAGGGGCUUGUGUGCCAUGUGUGGAUCUUCACAGUGCCAGUUCCAAGCCAGAAAUCGCAAUCCUUUACUUGUCACUUCUUUACACAUGAGGAGGAAUAAUUGAGAUGUUUGCUUUUUGUGAAUCCUUGCAUUAUGAGGGAGAGCUACAGUGAAACGGCUAUUUCUGUUUUAUUUUUUUGUGGGGACACUGGGCCUUGUAUUAAGCUGUCCCAGAAGCCUUAACGUUCCCCAGGUGCUGCAAAUGGCCCUUUGUUCAUUAUGCACUUUGAUGCACAGACCUUAACCUGUCUGUAUGUGUCUCUUCAACUGUUAUCCAUAUAGCCAUAUCAUAGUCUCCUUUUUUUCCAUAUUAAUUCAGAUUAUCCAUUUAACAUUAUUUUACAGUACUUAUCAUGGUUCAUAUAUAUGGGCAACGUCAUGGUGAACAAUGGUGAAAUAUUAAGCGCUCUCUGUAAAUAGUAUAGUGUAGUCUAUCCAGCCAAUCAAUAAACUGUAUUUAUUUUUUUAACCCAAUCUUCCUUUCAGCUUAAAGAAAGAAAAGUAUUGUUUCUAUAAACAGAUAAUUAAGGUCAGUUUUAAGGUCACUUUUCCAAAUUGUUGUUUCUCACUGACACAUGGCGCUUCACUGUUUUUGUAAAGGGAAAUGCACCUUAUUGUUCAGAAACAAAACCUUUCACUCACGUUUGGCAUUACUGCUACACCAUUUUUUUCCCACAAAUGUUCAGAUUUUUACUUUACCACAGAUUUCCACCAUGCUAUAGUCCCUGUAAGGAGUUUUAUUAGGCAUAUUCCAACAACCCAACAAUGUGUAUUUAUAAGCUUCUUUUAAUGAACUUGAGGUUUGUUGAACUUAAUGUGUUGUAGUUGCUAUUUUGUUACUUUUUACAAAUUGGCUCAAUGCUCUUCUUUCAAUAAAUAUGAAAUGUAAAACAA